UUGUUUGGGAAUUGUUUGGAGUCGGGUUUCGGCUUAUUUAUUGAUUUAUUGCUUUGAAGAAAAAACUUUUCAAUUGGAAAUAUUCUAUCUUUGAUUUAUUUGACUGCUUAUUCUCAUUCUUUGGUAGACAUUUCACCCUUGGUCCUUUGGACAUUCUAUAACUGAAAUGAGUAAAAGAAACAGCCCAGUUCCUCCAGCAGAAGUCGAGGCUCCAGUAACUGAAGAAUAUGUUGUUGAAAAGAUAAUUGAUAGCAGAAUAAAUGAGAAAGGAGUAAAAGAGUACUUUUUAAAGUGGAUUGGCUAUGAUGAUAAAGAUAAUACUUGGGAACCAGAAGAGAACUUAGAUUGUCCCGGAUUGAUAGCAGCAUUUGAAGCAGAUAGAGCAAAAAAGAAGGAAUCAGAAUCAAAAAAACGGAAAUUGAGCACAGGUGCACAGGAAAAGGAAAAUAAAAUCAUGAAACCUAAGAAAAUAGAAGAAAAAAAAUGUCUUGGAUUUGACAGGGGCUUAGAACCAGAUACUAUUAUUGGUGCCACAGACAGUCCUGGUCAGUUAAUGUUCCUGAUGAAAUGGCACGGAACGGACGAGGCCGAUUUGGUACCCGCCAAACAGGCAAACCUAAAAUGCCCCCAAAUCGUCAUUAAGUUUUACGAGGGCCGUCUCAGAUGGCACCCCCCUGCACAAGCCACUGGCGAAAAUAAAGAAAAUUAAAAUUACUACAUUAUCUCACUUUCAUACUUGAGUUUUCCAUUUAUUAAACGGCAUCGAAACGAGUAAAACAUUUUUCUUCGAUGCCGUCGAUUUUAAAGUUCGAUUAUGAAAACUACAUUCAGUGUAUCAUAUUUAUAAAACUAUUGAUUUGACAAAUCUGGAGUUGAUAAGUCAAAAGUUUACUUUUCUAUUAGUUAAAAGUUGUGUAGAUUUUUUUUUGUUUGGUAGAAAGGCACAUUUUUUAAUGACUUAUGACAUACAGUACAGUCCAAUAGUUGCAGAAUAAAUGUUAUAUAUAUA